GUCUCACCCUCUCUCUUUCUCUCUCUCUCUCUCACACAUAAAUCCAACAACUCGGACUCUCCAACACCACCUCUCGCUCUCUCUCUUUUUCUCUCUGUAAGCCAUGGCUUCCACUUCGUCUCUGACGCUCUCACAAGCCCUCGUAGCCCGAGCCAUUUCCCACCACCAUGGCUCCAACUCAUCCUCGUCCUCCACGCUCUCUCUGCCCACCUUCUCGGGCCUCAAAUCCUCGCCGGCUAAGCCGUCGACCAGGCUCCUCCACCGCAGCCGCCGAUCUGCCGGGGCCAGCCGCCCGGUACGAGCCUCCGUGGCCGAGCCCGCCACCGUGGGCAAGACCACCGAUACUUCCCUGGUGGAGAAGUCCGUGAACACGAUCCGGUUCCUGGCGAUCGACGCCGUGGAGAAGGCCAACUCGGGUCACCCUGGUCUGCCCAUGGGGUGCGCUCCGAUGGGUCACAUCUUGUACGACGAGAUCAUGAGGUACAACCCCAAGAACCCAUACUGGUUCAACCGCGACCGCUUUGUCCUCUCCGCCGGCCAUGGUUGCAUGCUCCAGUACGCUCUGCUCCACCUCGCUGGCUACGACAGUGUCCAGGAAGACGACUUGAAGAAUUUCCGUCAAUGGGGAAGCAGAACACCUGGACACCCCGAGCACUUUGAGACUCCUGGUGUUGAAGUGACAACUGGUCCUCUGGGGCAGGGUAUUGCCAAUGCUGUUGGUCUGGCUCUUGCUGAGAAACACUUGGCUGCUCGUUUCAACAAGCCCGACAGUGAGAUCGUCGACCAUUACACAUAUGUUAUAUUGGGAGAUGGUUGCCAAAUGGAAGGGAUUUCAAAUGAAGCUUCUUCCCUUGCCGCUCACUGGGGACUUGGGAAAUUGAUUGCUUUCUAUGAUGACAACCACAUCUCUAUUGACGGUGACACAGAGAUUGCAUUCACUGAGAGCGUUGACACCCGUUUUGAGGGCCUUGGGUGGCACGUUAUCUGGGUGAAGAAUGGAAACACUGGCUAUGAUGAGAUUCGUGCUGCCAUUCAGGAAGCAAAGGCUGUGAAAGACAAGCCCACUUUGAUCAAGGUGACUACAACAAUUGGUUAUGGGUCUCCAAAUAAGGCAAACUCGUACAGUGUACAUGGAAGUGCACUGGGUGCCAAGGAAGUGGAUGCUACUAGGAAGAACCUUGCAUGGCCAUUUGAGCCUUUCCAUGUGCCUGAGGAUGUUAAGAAGCAUUGGAGUCGCCAUGUUCCCAAGGGUUCUGCUCUUGAAGCUGAAUGGAAUGCCAAGUUUGCUGCAUAUGAGAAGAAGUACAAGGAGGAAGCUGCGGAGCUCAAGUCUAUCAUUACUGGUGAACUCCCCGCUGGCUGGGAGAAAGCACUUCCUACAUACACUCCAGAGAGCCCAGCUGAUGCUACCAGAAAUCUGUCUCAACAAUGCCUUAAUGCCCUUGCAAAAGUUCUUCCUGGUUUUCUUGGUGGCAGUGCAGACCUUGCUUCUUCCAACAUGACAUUGCUGAAAAUGUUUGGGGACUUCCAAAAGGGCACCCCAGAAGAGCGCAAUCUUAGGUUUGGUGUUAGAGAGCACGGCAUGGGAGCCAUUUGCAACGGCAUUGUCCUUCACAGCCCUGGGCUGAUUCCAUACAAUGCCACUUUCUUUGUUUUCACCGACUACAUGAGAGCAGCUAUCAGGAUUUCCGCCUUAGGUGAAGCCGGAGUUAUCUAUGUUAUGACCCACGAUUCAAUUGGACUUGGAGAAGAUGGCCCAACCCAUCAGCCAAUUGAGCACCUGGCAAGUUUCCGGGCAAUGCCCAACAUAUUGAUGCUCCGUCCAGCUGAUGGAAAUGAGACUGCUGGAGCAUACAAGGUUGCAGUCAAGAACAGGAAGAGACCCUCCAUCCUUGCCCUCUCUCGUCAAAAACUUCCCCAUCUUGCUGGAACUUCCGUUGAAGGAGUUGAAAAGGGUGGCUAUAUUGUUUCAGACAAUUCUUCUGGUAACAAGCCAGAUGUUAUUUUGGUUGGAACUGGUUCUGAACUGGAAAUUGCUUACAAAGCUGGUGAGGAACUGAGAAAGGAAGGGAAGGCUGUUAGAGUUGUUUCCUUUAUUUCUUGGGAGCUCUUUGAUGAGCAAUCUGACGCCUAUAAGGAAAGUGUUUUGCCAGCAGCUGUGACAGCUAGGGUUAGCAUUGAGGCUGGAUCAACAUUUGGGUGGGAGAAGAUUGUUGGAAGCAAAGGUAAGGCAAUUGGAAUUGACCGGUUUGGCGCUAGUGCUCCGGCAGGGAGAAUAUACAAGGAGUUCGGCCUUACUGUAGAAGCUGUUAUUGCAGCAGCCAAAGAAGUUUCCUAGGCUUGGUUUCUUGUUCUGUCUCAAAAACUUGCGAUUUGGCAAAUUGGUUUCCACUACGAAUUACGGUGAGGAGGCCACUUCCAAGAGAUCUGUUUCAUGACACUGUCUCUUCUUGUUACAAUAAAAAAGGCAAGAUUAAAUUUUCUUCUGUUAUGAAUUUUCCUCAGUGGAGCACAUAGAUCAAAAGAGAGAGUAGGGUUUAUGAAUUUUCAUGAAUUUGUAACAACUCUUGGACCUGUCUUGAGUUUUGUAAUGUUAUGUGGUUGAUUUUAAUGA